AUAUUUCAAAUGCGUUUACUUAUUUUAUAUUAAAUUAAAUGUGUGAAGAGUUUGAAAGUUUGAUUAUAAAAUAUUUACGUGAUGCUUCAAUUUAUACUGAAGAUGAAUGCGUUUGGGAAAUCAUAGAAAAAGAGCCAUUUGGCAGAUGUCUGAUAGCAAAACGCGACAUACAAGCCAAUGAGUUAAUACUUUAUGAUAAGCCAUUGCUAAUAGGGCCACGCGUUAACAAUUAUGAUAAAAUAUUUUGCGUAUGCUGUUACAAGAUUCUCACGAAAUUGACGCUUUGCACUGCUAAAUGUAAAUUUCCAAUUUGUCACGAUUGUGCCUCCAGCAAGCAACAUAAAAAGGAAUGUGAACUGAUUAAAUCCUGGGGGUUAAAAGAUGAACCGCGUUAUUCAAAGCAUCUAUUUCGUGCCUUAACAGUGAUUCGCGGAUUGCUGCUGUCAAAAGAUGAUACUAAACUCAUGUUCAUGAUGGCGAGUCAUGAAAAUUCAUCACAACAGAAUCUUGAAGUCGAGAAAAUAAUAAAUGAGUUCGAGAGCUUGACAGCUGACUGCGUCACAAUUCGAACCUUGAAAAAGAUCUCUUCCGUCCUCAACACGAAUGCUUUCGAAGUGGGAAUAGCAUUCAACGACUCUGGACCUGAACAUAACAUUAGCCUUCGUGGCCUUUAUCCGCUUGCUGCUGUUAUGAACCACAAUUGCGUUCCUAAUAUACGAUACGCUUACGAGAAAAACUCUAUAAUGGCUGUGCGCGCAUCGAAAUUUAUCCCCAAAGGUGAACAAAUAUUUAAUUCCUACACGAAAUUCCUUUGGGGCACACAACAACGACGCGUUCAUCUUGCUUAUUCAAAGAAUUUCCUUUGUGAAUGUCAGAGAUGUCUUGAUCCAACUGAACUUGGUAGCUACAUAGCAGCUUUAAAAUGCAUUCGCCCAGGAUGUAAAAGUGUCAUGUUGCCAAAUGAUCCUUUAGUUGUGACAUCGAUGUGGGAGUGUAGAGAGUGCAACUUGAAAUUGGAUCAUGCUCGCAUCUCGAAGAUAUCUGAUAUAUUUUCAAAACAGAUUUUUCAGAAAAUUCUUAAUGAGCCAAUAAGUGCAAUCAAUCAUUAUUUAAAGGAAAAACUCUCAAACAUAUUACCGUCUUCCAAUCAAUUUACAAUUGAAGUGAAGCUUCAAAUCAUUUUAAGGAUGAAGCAAGAUCCUAAUUACGUGAUGACUUUGGAGGAUUAUGAAGAUGUCGAGAGAUAUUGUAAUGAUGUGCUGUUUAUAAUUGAUCGAUUGGCGGUUGGUGAAUGCUACGUCAAGGGUCUGCUUUAUCAUGAGCUUUUAACUGCAAAGAUGAAAUUAGUGGAACUUCGUAACCAAGGAUUUGAUAACGAUACCCGAAAAUACUUUGCUGAAAUGCUUCAAAAGUGUUGGUUGAUACUUGGAAAUACGACAAAGGAACCUAAAGACUUGAAAUCUCUUAUAAAAAAUUUCUAAUAAAU